GGCCGUAAGAAUGGGAAGAUGGUAUAAGAGGUCGGUGCUCCAAGAGGAACAGCGCUUGUAUUCUCGAGCUGUCAAAGCUCGAGCAUUACCAGGCCAAGCUUUCAAGUAUCUUUCUCUUUGUUCAGUGACAGCGUUUCACUCACAGGAGGAUACUUCAAGGAUUUGUUUGAGGUCUCGGACGUGCCAAUUGAAGGUGAACUUGGGAGUGUGUGCACCAUGGCAACGACAAGAGGAACAUGCUCGAUCCUUUUGGUUCUCUCGAGCUUGGUUAUGUACGGAGGGUUCUGCGACUGUUAUGAGUAUGGAGAUUUUGUCACAAACAGCACUCCACCUCCGGUAUCAGGGUUUGCCUUGUUCGAGUCAUACUACAAUUAUUCUUGUCCUCAAGCUGCUUCGAUCGUCAACGACUUGGUGGACAAGAUCCUUGCAGCAGAUCUAAACAUGGCUGGAGGACUACAGCGUCUGCACUUCCAUGACUGCUGGGUCAAUGGCUGUGAUGGCUCGGUUCUCCUCAACUCAACUUCUCAUUUCGUGGCGGAGAGAGAUGGAUUCACCAACUUCAUGAUCAGAGGAAUUCCUGAGAUCGACGAGAUCAAGGCGGCCAUUGAGGAUGUUUGCCCAGGGGUCGUGUCCUGCGCUGACAUAUUAGCUCUGGUAGCACGUGACGCCACAUAUAAGGUCGGAGGGCCGUGGUGGCCUGUACUAUUGGGACGCAGAGAUGGAUUUGUUUCGCUUGCCAGGAACGCAGACACUAACCUCCCGUUCCCAAACCUUAACUUCGACGAGCUUGUGCAAAAUUUUGCCGCAAAGGGGUUCUCCCCUAGAGAGAUGGUGAUUCUUUCUGGUUCGCACACAAUUGGCCGGAGUCACUGUAACGGGAUUCAGCCUCAGCUUUAUAAUUUUAGUGGGAUAGAUGAUCUCACAAACCCGGCGCUUGACCCAACAUUCGCUGCGGGGCUCAGACAGCAGUGUCCAAAGGGCAACAAAGAGAAUAUUGUUGAUAUGGAUCCAACCAAAAAUGUUUUUGAUGAUCUUUACUUCAAAGAAGUUUUAGCUGGUAAAGGUGUCUUCUCAACAGAUUCUGCGCUCAUUACGAACCCUCUCGGCCUACAAGUUGUGACUGAAUCAUCAACGCCAGGUUCCACCUUCUUCCAGGAGUUUGCUGAUGCCAUGGUGAAGAUGGGCAACAUCGAGCUGCUGACUGGCACAUCAGGCGAGGUCCGUAAGCACUGUCAGUUUAUCAACUGAUCGUGCCACCUUGAAGAAACAAACGUGCUCAACAGAAACAAUUACCACGUCAUGCAUGCUCGAUGGCUUGAAUUUCAAUGUGCUUUCGAUGAAGACAGCAAGCCGGAAUGAAGGUGGUAAAAGGAUGCACUUGGUUUCGAGGGAAGAGCCAAAAAACCAACUUCAAUGUUGUUUGGUCUGGUCCCCACACUCUAUUACUAUCAUAUUCAGGUCUUUGGAAGAACGAUGUCGUUUGUGCUCUGUUUUGCCAAUCACUGUUCUUCUUAUCGUUCUUCUCAGUUGUAAUCGGUAGGUAGGCUCGUGGCUGUCUGAGGUUAUAGUAUCGGUUACAAUUGUCACUCGCAUUUGAUGUACAGAUUUUUCCCACGAUAAGACAUGUGGCAUUUUAUUUUUUCUCUUAAGAAAAUUGAUGUGAGGGUUUUCAAGUAAAGGAUUUAUCAUGUCGAUCUCCCAGUCAUAGAUGCAGACAUGAUGGAGAGAAACAGAAGAGGGACUAGGUCGUUGUCCCAAGCAGAUUGUGUCGGUUUUACGUUUUAUGUAGGCCUUCUCCGUCAUGUUUAUAAAAGGGAUGAUGCAACGUUGACACUGUCGUACCCGAUGUUCUUGAAAUUGAUACUGGCACCAAUAAUUCCGUCUAAGAUAUUAGAAAAUCAGUAAGCUCGACUGAG